AUGGAAAACAUCGUCGCAGAUCAGAUCAAAACGGCAGAAGCCAUCAAAAGAAUGCAUACCAACAUGAAGAAAGACUCCCCCUCAAGGAAAAAUGCAGAAUACUGCCAGAACAAAAUGUGCCAACUGAAGGAAGAAUGGAAUGCAUUCAAUGAAGCGCACAAAUAUUUAAUAGAACACAUACCAGAAACUGAUGAAUAUUUCACGAAAGACAUAUACGGGCAAGCAGAAAAGAUAUACAAUCAAGCAUUGUCCCACAUUAUAAAAAUACAGGAAAAACUUCGAGACGACCAAGGAAUUACAGAAGAAAAAGAAACGAUGAACCAGCGACCUAUGGAUACGUUACGAAACAAACUGGAACUUCAAAUUGCGGAAUUUCAUAAACAACUAGCCAAGAUUUGGACCCAGUACGAAGCCAAUCAAAAACCCUACCGCUUUCAGAGAGAAGCAGUCCAGGCUCAAUGGAAAAUCAUCUCGGAGUCCUUUCAAGAAAUCCAAUUAAAUAAUAUCGACAUGAGCCAAGAUCCUUUGUUUCAAGAAACUUAUUCAACUGUACAUGACGAAUACGAAGAAAUUAUGAAGAAAUUCGAAGACGAUGAACAACCAGACAGAACUUCAUUACAAGGACGUCCCAAUUUUCCAACAUUGCCUACAGUAUCAAUACCAAUAUUUUAUGGGAACUACGAAGCAUGGCCAGCAUUCAGAGACAUAUUUCUGCAACUCAUACACUACAAUAAAUCAAUUGGGGAUGCUGAGAAAAUCCAACAUCUAAAAUCCAACGUUCAAGGUGAAGCCGGUAAAUUAAUUCAACAUCUUUCGAACACUGCGGCGAACUAUGCAGGAGCAUGGUCAAUAAUUCAGGAGCGAUAUGAAAACGAAAGAAUUCUAUUCCGCAAAUGCAUGGAUGCCAUAUUAUCCCAACCCAUCCUCCAGCAGGAAUCAGUACAAGGACUAAAGUUACUUCACGACGUGACAAAGGAAAAUCUGAACGCAAUCGAAAACAUGGGAAUCAACAUUCAAGAAUGGGGUCCGAUGAUAACGCAUCUCCUAGAAUCCAAAAUGGACCCUGAAUCCCGCCGUGUGUAUGAGACCACCUUAAAGGAACCAAAGAAAAUACAGAAGCUAGAAAAUGUACUGUCUUUCAUAGAACGACGAUUCCAAGCGUUAGAAGGAGGCAAAACACCAGCAAAAAAAUGGGAACCGAUUAGAAAGCACCAUCCUUUCGAAUCAAGAAAGUCAUGGUCAGCUAACACAGCUCACCUACAAACAACCAAAUGCCCAUUAUGCCAAGCAGGUCAUGCACUGCGAGCCUGCCAGAACUACUUAGCAAUGACCGUGAAGGAAAGACUAGACUACAUAAUUCAAAGCAAAAGAUGUCACAAUUGUCUAGGACCACACCGAACAAGUUCUUGUUUAAGCAAAGUAACGUGUUUCAAAUGCAGGAAGUAUCAUCAUACAACACUUCACAUAUCUACUACUGGCAGCCAAAGUCGUAAAACAAACAACAAGGGUGAUCAAUCAAACUGGAAAACUACAGCAGCCACUUUUCGCCCACAACAGAGUACCCAAUCCGAAUCGACACAAUUUACAACACAGAGGAACAUCAGCAACAAUGGACAAAAUAGUUCCAAUAUGCAAAUGGUACGAAACGAAACCAUAGGGACGAUCAACGGAAAUAAUGCCUAUAUCACUACAGGAAAUAGAGAAUCUCCGAAAAGGCAAUUGCAUUCAGUUGCUCUGCUUGCUACAGCAUACGUCAGAGUUAAAUCAAGAAAUGGGACACUACAAACAAUACGAUGUCUAAUUGACCCAGGAUCUGAAGCAUCGUUCAUAUCAACAAACGCGGUGCAGAUACUCAAGUUACAGAAACACAAGAACGAAGCACAAAUCAUUGGCAUAGGUCAGUCUCAAUCAGGGUCAUCGCAACACAUGGUAUUCUGCGAGCUCAGACCAAGGUUCCAGAGUUCAUUUAUGAUAAACGCAGCGUUGCAUGUACUUCCACGAAUUUCCAACUCAAUUCCGAAAGAAAAAAUUCACAACAGUCUCAUUACGGAAUGGAAUGAUAUACAAUUCGCCGAUCCACAUUUCUCAAAUCCUGGACCAAUCGACAUGCUUUUAGGAGUUGAUAUAUACAAAGAUAUCAUUUUGGAUGGAGUAAGAAGAUCAAACAAUGGGAUAACAGCGCAAAAUAGCGAAAUUGGAUGGUUACUAUACGGAAAUGUGAAGAAUAUAAGUCCAUCACUUCAGAUAACUAGUUUAACUAUCACUAUCAAUGAUGAGCAGUCACUAUCAAGAUUUUGGGAAUUGGAAGAAGCUGCAGACGAACGACGCUGUUCACCUGAGCAUGAGCUUUGUGAGAGACAUUACCAAAGCACUCAUACACGAAAUCGAGAUGGAUCAUACACAGUCAGACUUCCCUUCAAAAGUGAUGCUGAAAAUUUGGGAUUGUCCAAAAAACAAGCGGUAGCGCGCCUGCUGCAAAUCGAGAGGAAAUUCGAAACCAAUCCAAGCAUGGAACAGAACUACAAGGAAUUCAUACGCGAAUACAUAAAAUUAGGUCACAUGAAAACAGCAGAAGCUCAACCCCUCAAUGGCAUUCAAGUUUUUUUACCACAUCAGUGCGUCAUAAAGGCAGACAGCACUACUACUUCCACAAGAGUUGUUUUCGAUGGAUCGGCAAAAACAAGCACAGGAUAUAGUCUAAACGAUGUUUUACACUCAGGUCCUAAGAUACAACAGGAUCUCACUGACAUUCUCAUCAGAUGGAGAAAACAUCGAGUCGCCCUCACUGCCGAUAUCGAAAAGAUGUACAGGCAAAUCAAAAUAGCCGAGGAAGAUCAACCAUACCACAAAAUAGUCUGGAGAUUCUCAAAGGAUGAACCAAUACAGGAAUUUCAGUUAACCACUUUAACUUAUGGCACGGCCCCAGCAGCAUAUCUGGCAAUACGCACCCUACAUCAAUUAGCUGAAGACGAGGAGAAAAAUUUUCCAAGAGUCGCUCAGAUCGCUAAAAAGGAUUUCUACGUAGACGAUUUACUCACAGGGGCGGACAGCGUCGAGGUAGCUGAGCAAUUGAAGAAAGAAAUUACUGAACUAAUGAAAAAGGGAAACUUCAAUCUUCGAAAAUGGAAAAUGAGCAAAUACCCACAAAAUGGGACGGAUGAAUUUAUUCUAGGUGACAAAUAUGAACAAAAUACUACGAAAACACUAGGCAUUGUAUGGAAUACAAAUAGCGAUAGUCUGCUCUAUAACAUCAAAUCACCUGAAAUUGAAGCGAUCACCAAAAGACGCAUGCUUUCCCAGAUUGCUGCAAUAUUCGACCCACUUGGUAUGAUAUCACCAAUAAUUAUACGUGCCAAACUAUUGAUGCAAGAAAUAUGGAAAUCUGGACAAGAUUGGGAUGUUACUCUUCCGGAAGAAAUUCGCAAAGAAUGGGCGAAACUGACUCAAGAACUUCCAACGCUUCGUGAAAUAUGCAUACCAAGAUGGAUACAACACAAAAAGGGUUCAAAGAUGGAAAUUCACGCUUUUUGUGAUGCUUCUGUGAAAGCAUACGGUGCUGUGGUUUACUCCAAAACUAUCGAUGACAGCGGGCAGAUCCACGUCAGUCUCUUAGUAUCCAAAUCCAAGGUGGCCCCCAUAAAAAACAAGAAAACUCUUCCAAAGCUAGAAUUAUGUGGAGCCGUUCUAUUAGCGAAGCUCGUACACAGAACGAUCAAAGCCCUGGACAUUCAAGAAAUCCCUGUGCAUGCAUAUUCCGAUUCGACGAUUACACUAGCUUGGAUAAAUGCUGAUGCCGCAAGGUUACCUGCGUUUGUUGACAACAAAGUUCGAGAGAUAAAACAAUUAAUUGGCAAGGUCAAAUGGUAUCACGUUCGGUCUGAAAACAAUCCCGCUGAUUUAAUAACCCGAGGAAUAACGGCAUCAAAACUAAUUAGUCACAAAUUAUGGUGGAAUGGUCCAGAUCAACUAAGUCAAAAUCCCACAAAUAUUCAGGAAAUGAUACAAAGCUCAACAUCCGCUAACGCACUAGACACCUCAAAAAGUAUAAAUAGUUUGUCUACAACCACCAUUGAAGAAAAUCCAUGCAUCCAAGAUACUCUGGAUAUCUUAUUACAGAAAUUUGAAUCAUGGGAGAAAACCAUAAGAGUAACAGCCUACUGCCUGAGGUUCAGCAACAAAUGCCAGAAACAACACAACGCUACAGUAUUUCUGUCAAGAGACGAACUACAAAAAGCAACACUAAUACUUCUACGAAAAAUCCAAUACAACGAAUAUUCGUCUGAAUUUAAGGAUUUAAGCAACGAUCGACCUCUGAGUAAAAAAAGUAGUAUCUUGAGUCUAAACUCCUUCCUGUAUAACCAACAAUUGAUGCGGGUAGGAGGACGUCUGCAAAAUUCAGCGCUAAGAUACGACGAGAAGCAUCCUAUCAUUAUACCCAGUAGUAGCCCAGCGACAGAGAAAAUAAUAAGAAAUGCCCAUCAUACUACGCUUCAUGGUGGAAUUCAGCUAACCCUCGCAUACAUUAGACAGCAGUACUGGAUUCCCCGAGGAAAAGAUAAAAUAAGGAAGAUAAUACGAGAGUGCAGCAUCUGUUUGAGGCAGCAAGCACAAAGUCAUAUUCAAUUAAUGGGAUCACUCCCAGAGCCAAGAGUCACACCAACUAGCCCCUUUACUCACACGGGGGUAGACUAUGCUGGACCCAUAGCAAUUCGAAUGUCUAAGGGAAGAGGAAAUAAGUCUUACAAAGGGUACAUCGCCAUCUUCAUCUGCUUGACCACUAAAGCCAUUCAUAUUGAAGCAGUUAGAGACCUGCCGAAAAUUUACCUUUUUUUAGAAAUAGCAACUUGAAAAUCAUAUAUAUUUUUAGACAGAGCUUCGUAUUUACUUGAACAAUUAAGAUUUUUUCAUGAUCACGCCCUUUUGAUCUUAAUAAUAAUCACUUGUAUUGUAACAUAUACCAUAAUGAGACUAACAUUAAAUAAUUAUAACCAUCGUUUUAUAUUAGAAGGACACAAUAUUGAAACAAUUUGAACUAUCAUACCAGCAUUAACUUUAAUUUUUAUUGCUUUUCCUUCUUUAAAAUUAAUUAACUUAAUUGAUGAAAUCCGUAACCCUUUAGUUACUAUUAAAACUAUUGGUCAUCAAUGAUAUUGAACCUAUGAAUAUACAGAUUUUAAAAAUCUUGAAUUUGAUUCAUAUUUAAUUAAUAAUAAUCAACUUUUUAAUUUUCGAUUACUAGAAUUUGAUAAUCGAACUAUUUUACCAUAUCUUUUUCAUAUUCGAAUUCUAACUUCAUCUUCUGACGUAAUUCAUUCUUGAACAGUUCCUUCAACAGGAGUAAAAGUUGAUGCCUCCCCAGGGCGAUUAAAUCAACUUAGAUUUAAUUUAAAUCGAACUGGAAUUUUUUUUGGCCAAUGUUCAGAAAUUUGUGGAGCAAACCAUAGAUUUAUACCUAUUUCUAUUGAAAGAAUUUCUCCCCAAAAUUUCAUUAAAUGGGUAGAAAAUUUUUCAUUAGAUGACUGAAAGAUAAGUAUUGGUCUCUUAAACCACUUUAUAGUAAUUAACGACUACUUCUAAUGAAAAA